AUGAACUCAGUACCCGGACCAUCAACAUGCAACCAAACAUUCAAUAAUUUAAAUGUCAAACAAAAAGGGAUUCCGAACCACGUGCUAGAAAAAUUAGCCGAAGAUUUUAAAAAAGAGCAAAAAUUUUCAGAUUCAUCACUCCUGAGUCUUUAUUCAGCAUUCGGUGAUGUCUUUGACAGAGCACUAAAUUUAUAUGAGUCUAGCAAAAUAAGUAAAAUAGUAGCCGUUGAUUCAAAUGCUCACGGUGUUUGGAAAGAAAUAGAUGCCGGCAGAUGGUUGAUUGAAGUACAAGGAUUCUCUGGAGAAGCUUACAUUUUAUUUCCUAACAUAAAUUACUGUCAAUGUCCAGCAUUCAAGUACCAGGUACUAAGAGAUCAGUCUGAUCGAACAUGCAAACACGUGCUGGCUGCUUGGUUGGCAAGUCUUGAGUCAGAUAAAAUAAUUGAAAAACAGAUAACUCGGGAGCAAUUUAAAAGUUUGUUACUGUACCAAGUUUUGGAGAGACAGUAA